GACAGUGCCAGAUCUACUCUGGAAUACUACCAGUUCACUUUCAUAUUUCUGACUGAACCUCUUGUGAUGUUUUGAUAAUAGGAACGGAUCGCGAGUGUUUGAUUUAGUUUUAUUUUGUGAGAUUAAAAAGUCGUCAAAGUGUUGGCCGUAAAAGAGGAAAUGAAGACGGAGCACCACACGUGCUGCGCGUGCGGCGAGGCUAUCGCUGAUCGCUUCCUGCUGGAGGUGGGCGGGGCGACCUGGCAUACGAGCUGCCUCCGCUGCUGCGUCUGCGCCGUCCAGCUCGACAGACAUCCCUCCUGCUUUCUACGCGACCGCCAGGUCUACUGCAAACAGGAUUACGUCAAGACGUUCGGUGCAAAAUGCUCGAAGUGCUGCCGCGGUAUAUCUUCAACGGACUGGGUGCGGAAGGCUCGAGAACAAAUAUACCAUCUGGCGUGCUUCGCCUGCGACGCCUGUGGACGCCAGCUCUCCACGGGAGAACAGUUCGCACUGCAUGAAGACAGAGUACUAUGCAAGCCGCAUUACCUUGAGACUCUUGACGGUGGCUCUAUUUCUUCUGAUGAUGGCUGCGACUCUGAAGGUUACCACAAAAGCAAGGCAAAGCGGGUGCGGACGACAUUCACGGAGGAGCAGCUGCAAGUCCUCCAGGCGAACUUUCAGCUGGAUUCGAACCCAGACGGCCAAGACUUGGAGAGGAUCGCUCAGGUCACAGGACUGAGCAAAAGGGUCACACAAGUCUGGUUUCAAAACAGCCGAGCGCGACAGAAGAAACAUCAACAUACAGGCAAAGGAAAACAAAACCAACUGAUGUCACGAGAUGCGGACCCGGCGGGGUUUGGGCGGCCCAUAAACCUCCAUCUCACGUAUUCUUUCCAGAACAAGCCACCAUUUGUCCCAAUAGACGGAACUUCUUUCACGGACUCUUCAAUGGAUGAACUCUCCGAAGAUUCAUCUAUCCAUUGCAUGCAGAGUGAAGUUUGAAAAUCUAUGUAUUCUUAAUGUAUGAAGCUUUCUCUAUAUUAUUCGUGUAGAUAUAAAGAAUGUGUAGUUUUUAACUUUUCCAUUUCAGCUUAUGUGUGUUCUGAUAUUGUCGAAAAAAUAUAGUUAACUGGAAAACUAAGCGUACAUUUCUUUUGGCAAUGAGAAGGAUUUUAACAAUUUUUUUGAUCACAAAUCCUUACUGCCCUUGUAUUAAAACAUUUUAUAAGAGAGAAUUUUGAAAAUGAAUACACACAAUUACGUUCAUCGUGUUGAUACAUUUUUAACAUAAAACUAAAGAUCUUUUGAGGAAUCGUGUUUUCCAUCGUUCGUUAUAUUUAGGACUGUAUAUAUCAGAAGUUUGUAAAUGUUAACAGAAUAUAAAUUAAUAUAUUUGCAGAUAGAUAAUAAUUCAUACGUUAUCAUGUUAUUGACUACAGUAAGCUCAUAAUUUAUACAACAUUGUAUCGAAGAGUUAUGCUUAUUAUAUUGCUAGAAAUAAUUGUUGCCACAGGAAUAUUGAUCUUAAUUGAACAACAAUAAACAUGGACAAAACAUCAGUUUAUGUAUGUAUUUCUACCGUACUGAAUA